AAAUAAAAUAGUGUAAAAAUUGUAUGUGAUUUUAAACAGUAAAUAAACAUAAACAUUAAAUAAACAAUCUAUAAAAUACAAUUAAUACAAUUAAUAAAAUAGUGUAAUAAUUGUGUGAUUUGCUUAAAGGAAUAUUCCGGGAAGCUCAGUCGACAGUAUUUGUGGUAUAAUGUUGAUUACCACAAAAUGUUUUUUUGACUCGUUCCUCUUUUCAUUUACAAAAAAGCAGAAAUAUGGGUUAGAGGGGACACUACUAUGAAAGUGAAUGUGGGACAUUUUUUUAACGUUCAAAUGUUUAGUCAUAUGAUAUAAAGAAAUGUGUGUAAAUAUGAUUCUAGUGUGAUAAAAUCACUUAUUAACCUUUUCUGUGUGCCAAUUUUACAACUUCAUUACCAUGACAGUGAUGCAAACAAACCCUAAAACCCUAAAAAGAUGAUCAAAAUGACAAUUUAAACAACUGUAUGCAGUUAAUAGAUGAAAUGAUACACAUGUUUUAACAGAAGUGCUUUUAUUAAAUUAUAAGCUUCACAUUUCUGCCUUUAAACCAAAUUAAAAUGUACCCCAUUCACUUCCAUUGUAAGUGUCUCACUCUAACAUAGAGUUAUUGAUCCUUAAAUAUCACUCUGGACCCCUCUCACCCCACUGUUGCCUUCUGGCCGGCGCUACAGAGCACUGACCACCAGAACCGUAUAUUAUAAUGAAUAUUAUCUCCAUCCUGUUAGAUACAAAAGACUAAAUGGAUGGAAAGUGAUAUUGAUAUUAAAGGAAAAAACCUAAAGAUUGAUUAGAAAUUCAAAUGGUUUGUUUCAAUGGAAAAACACCUGGAAUGUGCCUUUAUAUACAGGGUUAGAAGGAUUACUUUGGCAAUGUAUUCCACUACAUUUAUACAUUACAGAUUGUACUUACAUGGCAACAUCCACUCAAACCAGUGAAAUAAUUUAAAAUUCACCCUUAUGUUCACUUAAUCGUAAUACUGCGAUUAUAAGAUAUAAGUUAUUAACAUAAUUUCCAUCUUUAUAAAUUAUAAAUUAGGUCCUGUUUUAAUCCAAUAGGCCUAAGACAUGAUGGGGACAUGAUUAAAAUGAGUUUGAUCUCUAAAUAACCAAGAAUUAAAAGAAACAUGUUCAUGAAGCAGCUUAUUAAAUGUAUUCAAAUAAUUCAAUUCUAUCAAACUAAUUGAAAUGAGUAGAAUCGGUUCAUUUGAAUUGAAACUUUGAAACUUGACACUUGAUGGAACGCGUCCUUAGAAACCGGCGGUAUCCAGGCGACGGAGCGUCCUUAGAAACCGGCGGUAUCCAGGCGACGGAGCGAACACAAACAUUCUGUUCAACAUUUUUUGCCGCAGCAGGAAACAAUAAUACAUUUAUAAUAAUUAAAUACAUGAUAUAUUUGCCCUAUAUAUAUAUAUCGGUUAAAUAUAUGAUUUAAUUUUACACAAAAUUAUAAAGAUGUCGUCUCAAGUGUUAGUCUCGCGACCCCGUUUUGACACUCGAGCUGUAGCGCAGAAUGGCUCACAACCGCCGAUCGAACCGGAGACCUCCGUUAAGGAAAACCUGUACGCCGGUACAUCCGCCGGUCUGGCAACGGCGGGCUACCGGAGCGCCAAAUACACCACCGACGAGUGGUUCGCCAAUAACUCUGCCCUGCUGAACCGGGCAGUCACAGACCGGAGCCUCGCGGAGAGAAUCCGCCACGAGUCCAAAGCGCUGAAAGCAGAAACCGACACCGGGACUUUUCGCAUUCAGACCGAGGGCACCAAACACCUGGGCGAGCGCCUGCAGGACAUCCACCGCUGGAGAUCCGAGCUGGAGCGCUUCAUCGAGCGCCUGGCCGCAGAAACAGACCUGCAGACGCGCUCCAGGAGGCGGCUGGAGAGAGCGCUGGACGCCACCGAGAUCCCGUUCGCCAUCGCCAUUGAUAACCUGACCUGCCGAGAGAGACGCUUCGGGCCGGACCUGGUGCAGGAUCAGGUGGAGGAGGAACUACUGAAGGAAGUGGAGCUGAUCAGAAGCAUUCAGGCCCUGCUGAAAAAAACUGUGGAUCAAACUGUCAAUCAGAUAAGGCUGAACCAGGAGGUAAAGCAGACUCUUGAGUUAGACUGGUCUGAUAAACAGCAGGCCUACAGUCUGGACGAUCAGUGUGGUCGCUAUAACAACAUGAGCACAGACACACAACAGCAUCCCAGCUCAGCGGUGCUGCAGGACCAGGUGAGUGAUCAGGAGGCAUGGCGUAAGUUUACUCAGGAUAACUUGCGGCUGGCGGAGCGAGAGGAGGCGGCGAGUCAGGCCCUGCGGCAGCUGUCUGAGCGGGUUCUGCGGGACACUGCUGAGGACCUGCGGGCGCAAUGUGCCACUGUAAAUUGGGCAUUCACCCAGCGCUGCAUGGAGCUGAGCCAGGCCAAAACACAGCUGGAGCUCCACCUGACACAGAUUGUGGAGCAGAUCGGGGCUCAGGAGCGGAAUAUUUCGUACCUGCAGCAGGCAUUGUACGAUAAAGAAGCUCCGCUCAGAGUGGCCCAGUCCAGACUGCAUUACCGGGCCAUUAGACCCAAUAUGGAGCUGUGCCGAGACCAGCCACAACUCAGUCUGUUAGGUGAGGUGUCAGAGCUCAGCGGUACAGCAUCAGCCCUGCAGCAGCAGCUGUAUGAAGCUCGCAGAUCUUUAUCUGACCUCGAGGAGAGCAGACUCACACUGGAGAAAGACAUCGCCUGCAAAACCAACUCCAUCCUCAUUGACCGAGAGAAGUGUAUGACACACCGCACACGAUACCCUACUGUUACAACACUGUCUGGAUACUGACACGCUCUCAACAGGACGGGAGAUCUGGACCAGUUACAGUUAUUUACUGUUGUUUGUAGUGCCUGUGCUGGUUAUUAUUGUGUGUAUUUGCAGUGAUUUCAAGGCAUACAAAUAAAAAGGGAGCCUGUGAACCAAUGAGACACACAGACACACCCAGAAAUGCCUGCAGUACUAUGUUUGAACACAAGGUGGCCAUAGAGUGCCAUGCAAGUUUAAACUGAACCGACAUUAUCACACCGCACGUUUACAAUCACAUCCUCUCUCUCUCUGUGUGGGAAAUUGGAAGGAGGAAGUCCACAUGAAUGUAUGUAUAAUGUAUGUGUGUGAAUGUGAGAGAAAUACUGAUAGAGAGAAACAGGUAAAAAGGGUCUAUUAUUAUUAUACACGACUCGCCUCACUAACAAACUCAUGCGCAGAUGACUUGUUUUGGUCAUCUUUGCUCUGCUUAUCUCUUCUAAUUCCUUUUCAGAUUAAAUGAGAUGUGGAGAUGAAAUCAUCAAGUGGUUCUUUAAUUUAGAGAUGUUGAAAACUCAUCGUAUCUGGAGUCUUGAUCGGCAGUUGUUUGGCUUUACCAGAGAGCACCGAUAAAGAUGAGUAAGUGUGUGUUGAGGUUACAUGCAGGGCUUUUGGACCAAGGGAUGGGAGAAGACGAGCAAUUUAGAUAAGAGAUAAAAACCCACAUUUCCUGUGUCUCUUUCUUUCACACACAUCUUCUGUGGGGAGUUCUGAUUUCACAUGUAUAAAUUUAACUUUUUUACUAUAAAUAUCACUUUUGACAUUAUUAUUUAUGAUCUGAGACCUUAUUUAGUCCCUUUACAGACAUUUCGUUGUAGUUUAAUCCUUUUGCUAUUCAGUGGGGGACAAUUUCAUAAAUGCAUUUCCCAUAAGCACAACAAAAGAUUGAAGGGAAACACACUCUGGCACAAUUCUAGUGUUUUACUUUUCAAAAAAAUCCCUCGCUCCAUUGGGUUUAACCAAUACAUUUCUCCAUAAGAAUAAUUUCACUUUUUAUUCAUUUCAUUAUCUUAAAGGUGCAGCAUUUUUCGUCAUUUAAAAAGUUUGACUUCUGAAGAAAUUAGUUGUAAUUUUAAAAGGUGUAUAAAAUCAUGAUGAGGACUCCCGUUGUAUCAGUAACCUUAUAAAAGUGGUUUUAUUCUACAUGGAGAGGGUCCCCUCGUGGGGGCGGCCAUGUUUGGAUCACAUGGCCAGCUGAGAACUAUUUGCUUAAUCUCAUUAACAGCCCCGCUAUUGGACACUUUCAUGCAUAGAUUAAAUUGAUCACGGCUGACUGUGAAUAGUGAAUUUCUACAAUGGCAUCGAUAAACAAAAUUUAUUGCGUUUGAACGAUCCUGCAUCCAGGCCCUUAGGUGUCAGUGAUAGUCCAAGACGACAAAUUCUAAAUAUUACUGAGUGCACCUUUGCCUGAAUCCAGGGCUGGAUUGGUAAUCUGGCAUUUUCCCGGUGGGCCGAAACACUUUGGGGCCGAUCAGGGGCGGAUCGGGAGAACCGAGCAGGCCGGUGUGUCGGCCGCGAUAAGCUAAAAUGAGCCACCGCAUUAUGCAUAACGAACCACAAAACGGUGCCGCGAUAUGCAGAAAAGGACAGCGAACACCCACCCCCCCGCUCAACUUUUGGGCCAGUUGCUGUGUAAAAUCCCAGUCCGAUUUCUCUUCCCAGUCCAGACUGAAUCAAUGAUUUUAAUUGAUAGUCAGCUUCAUGAGUAAACUAGAUUUUUAACAUUUUCUGAAGCAAAAACUAGUCAUGCUUGCCUGUGCAAAAGAUGCUGCUCCAAUGCAGGGUGUUGUGGGUGGUUGCUAGGAUGUUGUUAUGCGGUUGCCAAGGUUUUCUGGGUGUUUUUUUAACAGAGCAAAUCAAAACAGCUCACCACCAAGUGUUUAUGAUAUGCUGGUUUUUAGAUAUGGAUCAGGUCCCUCCUUCAAUGUCUAUGCGAUAGUUUUUGCCUAUUUUAUCAUUCUCCAGCAGAAAACUGUUGUCCAAUAGUUUAGAAAGUAAAAGCACAUGCAUCUUAAAAAUGAGCUGUGUUAGAGGUUUGUUUAAAUCCACUGUCCCUUUAAUUGUGAACAACAGUAAUAGUAAUACUUGCCUUUGCAAACACCAUAAACAUUUUUU